UAUUUCUUGCAAAUCCUUUUGUCACUUUCAGACAGUUUUUUGUUGGUUUCCUCCCAUGGCGGUUUGUGGUUGCUAAUGUGGGCAGGCCUUUCAGCGUAGCUGCAGUAUUUCUUCUGUUCAUAUGCACUGACACGAAACUCACACACCACAAACAAUUAUCAUGUGGCUUGCAGAAUUUUCACAUCUUCAAUUAUAGGACUCCUCUUCUUGCUCCUUCUGAGUUGUUCUUUUCCAGAUUUUUGGGACGGAAAAGAGCAGAAGUGAGGGUAUAAAGAGUUUGCAUCUGGACAGCCCUUUUGUCUGAAGUUCAUUUCUCAGACGGGUUCGUGAGAGUCUUGAAGGCGUUGGAGCGAUUUCCAUGGCUUCAGCUAUCAAGACUCUUGGGCUAUCACCGCCGCCCUCUUAUUUUGGUUUGAGUUCAGAGAAAAGGGUGCAUUCUAGAUGUCAGAUUAGGUGUUUGGGUAGCAGGGAUUCGAGUUCUACUGCUGCUUUGUCUUCUGAUUCUGUGAAAGUAAAUGGGGCUGUGAAUGGAGUGAAGGAGGAGAGGAAAAGGGCUGUUCUUGAUUCAGGAAAUGGGCAGGUGAGCUCAGGUGUUCAGAGACAAGAAGUGGAUUUUGAGCAGGAAAAGUUGGAACCUUUGUGGGAUGAUGGAUAUGGGAGUGAAACUGUUAAAGAUUAUCUUGAUUAUGCUAAGGAUAUAAUAAAGCCGGACGGCGGGCCGCCCCGGUGGUUCACUCCAAUCUCAUGUGGCCCUUAUUUGAGAAAUUCACCUGUUCUUCUUUUCUUGCCGGGAAUGGAUGGUCUUGGACUUGGCCUUAUUCUGCACCAUAAGUCUCUUGGAAAGGUGUUUGAUGUGCGGUGCAUGCAUAUCCCGGUGCAGGAUCGAACACCAUUUGAAGAGUUAGUAGAAUGGGUCGAAGAAACUGUGAGGGCUGAGCACUCUUCGUCCCCAAAUAAACCCAUUUAUCUAGUCGGAGAUUCACUCGGUGGAUGUUUGGCACUUGCAGUUGCAGCUCGUAAUCCCAAAAUUGACCUUGUAGUCAUAUUAGCCAAUCCAGCAACUUCAUUUGGCAGGUCGCAACUGCAGCCUUUGCUGCCUUUAUUGGAGGCGUUGCCCGAUGAACUUCAUACCACAGUUCCUUAUCUCCUAAGCUUCGUUAUGGGUGAUCCGAUGAAGAUGGCUGCAGUAGACAUUAACGGAAUGCUGCCUCCUUCGCAAUAUUUUGAACAGUUAGCUGCCAACCUUACUUCUCUAUUGCCUCGUCUUUCUGGCUUGGCUGAUAUCAUACCCAAAGAAACCCUGCUUUGGAAAUUGAAGCUGCUCAAAACUGCUGCUGCUUACACUAAUUCUCGUCUGCAUGCCGUUAAAGCUGAAGUACUCAUCCUCGCUAGUGGCAAGGACAACAUGCUUCCCAGUGGAGACGAGGCUCGGAGGCUUAGGAGAACGUUACAGAAUUGCAAAGUGCGCUACUUCAAAGACAACGGCCAUACAAUAUUAUUGGAGGAUAGCGUUAAUCUGUUGACUAUUAUUAAAGGUACUAACACCUACCGCCGUACAAGAAACCAUGAUUACGUCAUGGACUUUGUACCUCUUAGUAUGUCUGAGUUUGAGCAAGCAGUCGAGGGAAAUGGAUGGUUCCGCAACUAUGCUGGUCCAGCUAUGUUUUCGACUAUGGAAGACGGUAAGAUAGUGAGGGGCCUAUCAGGUGUGCCAGAAGAAGGUCCCGUCUUGCUAGUCGGCUACCACAUGCUUAUGGGCUUAGAACUCAGUCCAUUAGUUGAAGAAUUUUUGAGGGUGAAGAAUGUUAUGGUCCGUGGUAUAGCACACCCGACUUUGUUUUCACAUCUUGUUGAAAGUGAAAACCAGGAAUUUUCUUUGCCCGACUAUCUUAGGUUGUAUGGCGCGGUGCCCGUAAGCGCGAGUAACCUUUUCAAGCUGUUCAAGAAAAAAUCUCAUGUGCUGCUUUAUCCCGGUGGCGCUCGUGAGGCUUUGCACAGGAAGGGUGAAGAGUAUAAGUUAUUUUGGCCUGACCAGCCGGAGUUUGUCAGGAUGGCUGCAAGAUUUGGGGCGACAAUUGUACCAUUUGGAGUUAUCGGAGAGGACGACCUAGCUGAGUUAAUUCUAGACUACGACGACAUCAUGAAAAUCCCUGUUUGGGGCGACCGGGUAAGAAGCGACAACAAGAAAUAUGAAGCGUUUAAUGUCAGGGCUGGAAUGAGCGGUGAGGUUGCCAACCAGGCUUUAUAUCUUCCGGGACUUCUUCCAAAGAUUCCUGGCCGUUUAUACUACCUGUUUGGGAAGCCGAUUCAGACAAAGGGACGAGAAGAGAUGUUGAAGGACAGAGAAGAAGCAAGAAAAGUCUACUUGCAGAUAAAGUCUGGCGUCGAGACAAAUAUGUCGUACCUGCUUCAGAAGAGAAAGGAAGAUCCUUACAGAGGUAUUCUUGAUAGGACAGUAUAUCGAGCUUUCCAUGCUCCAAUGGACCAGGUUCCGAGUUUUGAACCAUAAAAGACAAGUUCUAAGGAGAAACGCCCACCAUCGAUGAAAAGUACUGUAGAAAGAUUCAAAAUAACGGUGUAACGAGAAGGGCCUGAUUGAUGGACUGAAAUCUCUAACACCGGGCAAGCAUGAAUUAAGUUAUGGACAUGCCUAAGGUGUGUAAAAGAGGAGAUAUAUAGAAGUUGUUGAAGACACACAUUGUUGUACUAUUGCAUCAUUCAUAUACAGACAUUGUUGUCUGUAUUAUUGCAAAACCUUGUAUAAUAAUAAUUCCUAUGGUUUUGAAUAUGUCCUGAUUUUUUUGUGAGGAA